AUGGAGGAGGCGCUGUGCCAGGUGCUGGCGCUGCUCGUGCUGGACUCCGACGGUGAGCGGCUGGCGGUGAAGUAUUCCGCCGUCGCGCGUCGUGAGCUGUGGCCUAGCGUCGAGGCGCAGGUCGCGUUUGAGAAGAUGAUCAUCAGCAAGCUGCCCAAGCUCGGCUCGGCAAAGAGCGAGGUGGAUGUCGCGGUGAUCAAGGAGUACACGGUGCUUUUCCAGGCUUGCAACGAUGUGGUCGUGUGCGCGGUGGCCUCGAGCACAGAGAACGAACUGGCGGUGAUGCAGCUCGUCGAGGGUAUCUUCUCGUCGGCGAACAACUGCUCGCACGCCACCAACUUUCUGUCCACGGGCCUUAGCAAGCAGCUCGUGCUGGACAAGCUCUCCGACGUACUUUUUAUCCUCGAUGAGGUCGUGGACGAUGGCAUCAUCAUGGAGACCGACGAGGAGAAGAUCACCGCCCGGAUCAAGAUGAUCGACGAGACCCAGGUGUCGCAGCAGGCGCAGGCCGAGGAGGUGUUCACCAAGGCGACCCAGAGCGCCAAGCAGAAGUUGCUGAGCUCCCUGAUGGGCGGCCGCGGGUGA